CAGCUAGUGUUAGAGCCUAACAAUUCUUGGGUGUAAUUCGCAGUAUCAUUGCGUGCCACAGUCCCGUUUCUGCAGAAAUUGAGAGGGGGAAGAGAAUGAUCCUUUGUAUAGUAAAACGCGCAAUUCUCCGUGUCCUCCUUGUGCAUCAGAGGCGCUGUGGCUCUGAAGGAAUCAGCUUCUGUUCUUCAACCACAGACAAGGCAGGAACAAUGGUAUGAAAAGCUUCCUCCCUGCCCCGGUCUUUUUCUGCUGGCGGAACGCAGAUGCUGGGGCCGUCAGGCGCUGAGGGGACCCGAGAGGGACGGACACACGGCUCGGCAGUUGCCUGGUAACGCCCGCUGGAGGAGUCCCAGUGUGAUAAGGUCCCGGAGAAGUGUCACUGGCCCUGAAUUGGACCCGGUAGCCCGUUCGCUCCGCGCCUGCGGCCUAUCCCCGCGGUUUGGCGGGCUAGGGCAGGGGAAAUGUUGCAGGAGGAGUCGGACCUCUCGCUCAUUAUUGCCCAGAUAGUCCAAAAGCUCAAGGGCUCCAAUUUGUACUCUCAGCUGGAACGGCAGGCCUGGGCCAGUCUUCAGAGACCUGAAAUUAAACUUGAAUCAUUGAAAGAAGAUAUUAAGGAAUUCUUUAAAAUAUCAGGUUGGGAGAAGAAACUUCAGAAUGCUGUUUAUAGUGAACUGAGUGUGUUUCCUUUACCUAGUCAUCCUGCUGCACCUCCCGAACAUCUUAAAGAACCUUUGGUAUACAUGAGGAAAGCACAGGGAAGUUGGGAAAAAAGAAUUUUGAAGAGUUUAAAUAGCAUGUGCACUGAACUGAGUAUCCCACUGGCACGAAAGAGGCCAGUUGGAGAACAGAAAGAACUUCUUAAUAAAUGGAAUGAAAUGGGAACUGAUGAACCAGAUUUAAGCCUUUUCAGACCUGUUUAUGCACCUAAGGAUUUUCUUGAGGUAUUAAUUAAUCUUCGCAACCCAAAUUAUGAAAAUGGUGAUUCUCUUAGUUUCAGGACUCAUUUGGGUUUAAUUCAAGUUCCACUGAAAGUAAAAGACAUCCCUGAAUUGAAAGAAUGCUUUGUGGAACUUGGCUUAAAUACAGGACAACUGGGUAUAGAUGAUUCUACACAAGUGCCUCCUGAACUUUUUGAAAACGAGCAUGUACGUAUUGGACAAAAAGUUCUAGCAGAACAAGAUAGUGCUGCUGCUCAACAGUACAUCAGACAAGGCAGUCCCACGGCACUGAGAGCUGAAUUGUGGGCUCUCAUUUUGAAUAUUUCCAGUGAACCUGAGGAUGUCUUGUAUUAUGAGCAGCUUAAGACCAAUGUGAUACAACAUGACCUUUUGGUGGACAGUCUAAUUUAUAAAGAUGUGAAGUUGACAGCAAGCAAUGAUGAUUAUUAUUUUGUAUUUGAAGAUUAUUUAUAUCAGGUAUUACUUUGUUUUUCCCGGGAUACAUCUGUGUUGAGUCACUUUGCAUACAACAGUGCCUCGCCACCAAAAUCAUACAUAAGAGGAAAACUAGGACUGGAAGAAUAUGCUGUCUUUUACCCACCAAAUGGUGUUAUCCCUUUUCAUGGAUUUUCAAUGUAUGUUGCACCACUUUGUUUUCUGUACCAUGAACCUUCCAAAUUGUAUCAAAUAUUCCGUGAGAUGUAUGUGCGUUUUUUCUUCAGACUUCAUUCCAUCUCUUCUCAUCCUUCUGGUAUUGUGUCACUCUGUCUGCUGUUUGAAACUCUUCUUCAAACUUAUCUUCCCCAACUCUUUUAUCACCUACGAGAAAUUGGGGCUCAACCACUUCGCAUAUCAUUUAAGUGGAUGGUUCGAGCUUUCUCUGGAUACUUAGCUACAGAUCAACUCUUGCUUUUAUGGGACAGAAUCCUAGGAUACAACUCUCUGGAAAUUCUUGCUGUGCUGGCAGCUGCCGUGUUUGCCUUCCGAGCAGUGAACCUGAUGGAGGUGACAUCACUGGCUGCAGCUGAAGCAGUUCUUGCUGACCUUUCUACUUUAAAAGUUAUGCCUCUUCUUCAAAUUUUUCUGUUUGCUACUGUCACCUGAUCUUCACAGUCACUGACAACACAUCUAGUUUUUCAUUAGAAAGAAAUCAUGAACUAUGCAAACUCUGCAUAAGACCAAAAUGAAACUUUGCAUAUAAGCCAAUAAAGAUCAUGUUCCCUCUUCUGUUAAACCUAAGUAGUUUCUCACUUUUUGAAACAAUAACUCUGCACCAAAUAUUGCAUCGCAUGCUGCUGAUUUUCAAGAGAGAAGCAAUAAACACAACUUCUGCUAAAUUGAGCAUUAUAUAUAUAUAUAUGAUAUUAUAAUAUACAUAUAAUCCUGACUUGUAAAUGGCAUGUAAUAAUAUAUGCAAUAAGAACUAAAGAUACUGUAAUAAACUUCAAGAGGUAAUGUA